CCAAACAGAGUCGCGUGCAGGUCAGUCCUUGGGGUGGAUAGGAUGGCCGCUGGGAUAUGCUUCCGGUUCGCUAUUCAGCUCCCCGUCUUACCGCCGUCGCCCCAGCUGAAUCGGGUGGAGCGGCCAGCGGAGGGUGAAGUAGGCUUACCCCGGAAGGGUUUUGUCCCAGGCUGGGCCAAACUUCCGGACUGGACAGCCGUUGCUCCCGUCUCCGCAGCUGUUGCCCGAGUGGCCUUGCUUUGGAGGGCGCAGUUUCCUGCCAGUCCACAGCCGGAACGCAGAGGAGAAGUGAAACAUCUAAGUGUGACCAUGGCUGCUGAAUCUGAUGUCCUGCACUUCCAAUUUGAGCAGCAAGGUGAUGCUGUCCUACAGAAAAUGAACCUCUUGAGACAGCAGAAUUUAUUUUGUGAUGUAUCCAUCUAUAUCAAUGACACGGAAUUCCAGGGCCACAAAGUGAUUUUUGCUGCUUGCUCCACUUUCAUGAGAGAUCAGUUUUUACUCAACCAGUCAAAGCAGGUCAGAAUCACCAUCUUGCAGAGUGCAGAGAUUGGCAGAAAGUUAUUGCUCUCUUGUUAUACUGGUGCACUGGAGGUUAAAAGGAAAGAGCUUUUGAAAUAUUUGACUGCUGCAAGUUACCUUCAAAUGGUACAUAUUGUGGAGAAGUGCACAGAAGCUUUGUCCAAGUAUUUGGAAAUAGAUUCUUCUAUGAAGAACAAUAGCCAGGCUGCUGAGACAUGUCAUUCCUCUUAUCCAGAACUAAAGGAUGAAGAUCAAAAUAUAGAGAAAGACUGUGAAAUAAUUGAGAUUUCUGAAGACAGUCCUGUAAACUUGGACAUCCAAGUUAAACAAGAAAAAGACAAUGUUUUGCAGCCUACUAUACAGGGCUUGAUAUUGGACAAAAAAGAUAUGAAAACAUCAGAGAUUUCAGCAGUUGAAAUAGGGUAUAAAAAUGAUGAAAUUUGCAUCUUCCGAAUGGAUUCUAUCAAUGUGCCCACUGUAGAAAGUGAGCAGUUUUCACAACCUUGUACUUCUUCAAAAACAAAUAUAUAUUUUCCUGAAACACAGCAUUCACUGAUUAAUUCUACAGUGGAAAGUAGGAUGACAGAAGUUCCUGGAAGUCACUUUCAGGGAUUUAUUGGUGAAAGUACAGAAGGCAAUGUUGGUGUAACAAAUGGACUUCAAAGUCUAGAAGAGGGUUAUUCCUGGCGGCACCAGUGCCCUAAGUGUCCACGAGGAUUUCUUCAUCUUGAAAACUAUCUGCGCCAUCUGAAAAUGCACAAACUGUUUUUGUGUUUGCAGUGUGGAAAAACGUUUACACAGAAGAAAAAUCUUAAUCGACAUAUUCGAGGACAUAUGGGCAUACGGCCAUUCCAGUGUUCUGUGUGUUUAAAAACAUUUACUGCCAAGAGCACUCUUCAGGACCACUUGAACAUUCACAGUGGAGAUCGCCCAUAUAAGUGCCACUGUUGUGAUAUGGACUUCAAGCACAAAUCUGCCCUCAAAAAACACUUAACUUCUGUUCAUGGGAGAAAUAGUGGUGAAAGGGCAAACCUUGAUAUCAUCACAAAAGUCAAAAUAGACUAUGAUUAGUAGUAGUAAACAUUUGGAGAUUUGGAUAUUAUAAUCCAUUAUUUUGAGUUUUGCAAAAAUACUCUUUUGUAAUUCUGCAUUCCUCCUUCCUAUAUUUGUCUUAUUUUUUGAUGUACUGGCAUACUAAAGUUUUUGUAAUAUCUCUUGUUAAAAAUUGUUGGAGUUUAUGGAAUGGUUGAUGAAGUUCUAGGCUGCCUUAAGUAUCAUUACCUAAAUAUUAGGUGAUUUGAUAGCCAGCCUCUUUGGUGCUUUAUAGAGUGUUGUGACCAUAGAUAUUUGGUUACUAUUAUUAACUGACUCUUGGCUAAGGGGAAGAAAGAACUCAAUGGUAUUUUUCAGAUUUUUUUACUGAACUUGCAUUGUUAGUGCUUCAUACAGGAACAGCAACCAUAUUUUACUUGUACUUUUAUCUUGGUGACCAUUAAAAGAAAAGAAAUCUGGGACUUUGCCAGUCUUGGUUCAUUUUAGAAUCACUUUUGAAAACUAUUUGUCCUGUAGGUGAAAGCAAGCGUGAUAAAUCUUUCUCUAUUUGGGAAAAAAAAUAUAUUGGUUACCUUUAUAAAUACUACCACUUUUCUAAACCAUACAGUAGGUCAGUUACAUGGUUGAAAUGAUAAAAAAAUAAUAUUCCUUGUGUACAAAAAAAUUCCUAUUGCCUCCAGAGAAAUUAUUCAGCAUAUCAUUUAUUUUAGUGUGAGUAUUCUCUGCUUGUCCAAAGGGCAACUUAUUCAUACUUUUUCAUCCUGUAUUUCUGGCUUUAUCUCUAUAUCAGUCUUCCAUAAAGAUUCAACCUAACACAUCAGAUGUCAUUUUAAUUUAUUAUUUCUUGGAUAAUAUUGCAGCACUUGGAUCAUUCUGUACAUCUGUUAUUUCUCUUGCUAUGUUUUUUGCCAGCAUUCUUUUCUGAUCCUUAUUAAUAUCUUCUGUACAAAUUCUUGGACACAAAUCAUUGUGAAUAUGUUGCAUCCUACUUCUUCCACCAAAGGAAAACACAGGGUUAUAUUAAACUUGUUUUAUAGACAAACACACACACACAUACCAUAUACACACACCUCUAUAUGUGUAUUCAUGUUUUAUAUGGAAACAUCUGUAUAUGUAAGUAUACACACAUAGAGAUAAAAGGAUAUAAACAUUUCUUUAUAUGUUUUCAUAUAUAAAACUGGAAUAAAAAGUUUCUUUUUAUUCUUUCACUGGAAUAAAAAGUAAUUGUACUCAUAAUGUUUUAAAAUAUAUUUUAAUUUAAUUCCAUUUGAGAAUAAAUUUGACUUGUUUGGAUUACUGGUUCACAUACUUUAGAAAUGAAUAUUAAAUUGGCUGUGGUCUCUAGAUUAUAUUUAAUACAAAUAUCAAAUAUUCUCAUCAGUCUGAUUAUGUAACCAAUGAAAAACAGCAUUUGUUAGAAAUUCACAAUUUAUAAAAAAACAUUGAAUUUGUUCUAUAUAUCAUUACUCUUUUUACUUUGUCUAGGCAAUAUCUUUUUUUUUCUCAUGGUAAUGCUUUAAUCUAGAUUUUUUUUUUUUAGCCUUAGUAUUGUAUAUGGGUAGUUGUGAUUUUUCUUAGUGCUAAAUUUUUAUUCAUGUGGCUAGGGUUGACUUUCAAAGAUUGAUAUUAAAAUAAUUUGAGUACUUUUUUCUUCAUCCAUAUAUAUAUAUGUAUUCUCCAUGAAGAGAAUGCACGAAGAGAAUACUUUUGUGUCAAAAGUAAAAACAUUUGCAGUGAGUGUAGUACAAGUAAAAUUUUUGUUAAAUGCUAAAGCUCCUUGUUACUUCUAUAUACUUAUGGUAUAGUAGAACCUUGUUGGGUAAGACAUUGUGUCAACCUAUGAGAAGUAAUUGAGUGUUAAAUCAUAUUUCAUUAGGCUCCUAAUUAUUUUCCCUUCAUCAGAACUCUCCCCUCUACCAGACAUCCUGCCAAAGCAGUAUUCCUAAAGCACAGUUCUGAACAAAACACUUCCCUAUCCCUAUACCUCCAGUGACUAUUUUCUCUAGGAAAAAGUACAAAUUCUUGUUCUUUAAUAUUUUUCCAUUUACUACAUUAUUCACAUUUACACACUAAUUCUGCGCAAAACUAACCUUGCUACUUCCUAUCUGAAUAAAACAUCUCAUUUCUUCAUGGUUUUAGCAUCUUUAUUCCUGGAAUACAUUCUCUCCCCACUUCUGCCUCUGAAUCCUUCUCUUCGUUUAAUGCUUAUCUCAAGUGCCACCUCCUACAUGAGGCCUUUACUGAUUUUCCUAGUAUCCUUCCCCUGUCUAUCAUCCACUUUCCAUUUACUUUAUAUUUACUAUGUAUAAAUUUUGUAUCAUAUGUAUACAUGUUUCUCCUAAUACAAUGUAAGCUUCUU